AUGGAUGAAACUGGGUUAAACUUCAAACUUUUACCUCGAAAAACAUUGGCUACGGCGAAAGAAAAGUCUGCUCCUGGCUUUAAAGUAAGCAAGGAAAGAAUCACAGUGGCUCUUUGUUCCAAUGCUUCAGGCUCCCACAAACUACCUCUGUUUGUCAUCGGUAAGUCAGCAAAACCCAGGGCAUUUAAAAACUUGGACAUGUCAAAGCUACCAGUGUACUACCGGUCACAGAAAUCGGCUUGGAUGGAUUCUCAUUUAUUCAAAGAGUGGUUUAUUUGUGAGUUCGUGCCUAAAGUAAAAAGUCAUUUGUUGAGUUUGAAACUUCCUGUAAGCGCACUUCUUCUUCUCGACAAUGCGCCUACCCACCCGGAUGAACUGACAUGUGAGGGUGAGACUGGAAUAAAACUGUAUUUUCUGCCCCCCAAUGUGACAAGUCUCCAACAGCCAAUGGAUCAGGGUGUCAUUGAAUGUGUUAAAAGGAAAUACCGGAGAAAGCUCCUUUCAGAAGUUCUAUUCAAGCUAGAAAACGAUGAACAAACAGACCUAAUCCAAGUGUUAAAAACAAUCAACGUGAAGGACGUCAUUUUGAUGGUGGCUAAGGCCUAUGAUGAAGUAACAGCCUUGACAAUAACAAAGUCAUGGAGAAAAGUCUGGCCAGACAUUGAAAAAGCCUUUGAAAAGGACGGAAAUAAUCUUGGUGUACCCGACCUUGAACAUGAAACAGAGGAAACGGUAGAAAUCCUAAGUGACUUAAUGCGACUGCCUCACACUGAAGACAUUGUGGAACAAGAUGUUUUGGAGUGGUUGACCGCUGAAAAGGAGCUCGAUAAUGAAGUUUUGAAUGAUAAAGAAAUAGCUCAGUCGGUUUUACAGCGUCAAGAUACCCAAGACGUAGAAGAAGAAGACGAUGUUGACGGUGAGGUAGACGACGAGGGUCAAAUGAGUCACGCAGAGGGGGUGGCAGCCCUGCAACUGGCUACAACCUAUAUUGAGCAACAGACGACUUCUACAACAGUCGACGUCAUGUUUUUGAGGAAGUGGCAUGAAUAUGCAAGGAAGAAAGCUAUUGAAGAAAAAGUGCAACGAAAAAUUACUGAUUUCUUUUAA